GGUCUGUUGACUCCUCUCCUUGUUCAUAAUUUAACUCCCCGGCCUCAUUCCGGAAUAUAAGAGGGGGUGCGGUUUCCCCCAAGGCUGCGCGCUGGAAGGACAGUUUCCCCUUGCCGACCCACAUACACCAUGAAGAGGUGCAAAUCGGACGAGCUGCAGCAACUGCAAGGCGAAGAGGAUGGACCUGGGCUGGAAGAUACCGCUUGCCACCUGCCGGGCGCGGACCUCCGCCCUGGGGAGGGCACGGGUGCUAACUCUGCUGGCGGGCCAACUUCAGAUGCGGGUGCUGCCGCGGCGUCCAACCCGGGACCUCGCAACAAGCCUCCUGAUUUAAAGAAAAUCCAGCAGCUCUCGGAGGGCUCCAUGUUUGGUCACGGCCUGAAGCACCUGUUUCAUAGCCGCCGCCGGUCGCGGGAGAGGGAACAACACCAGGCGUCUCAGGAUAGCCAGCAACAUCACCAGGGCUUGUCUGACCAUGACUCCCCAGAUGAGAAGGAACGCUCCCCAGAGAUGCACCGCGUCUCCUAUGCCAUGUCCCUGCAUGACCUGCCUGCCCGGCCCACCGCUUUCAACCGCGUGCUGCAGCAGAUCCGCUCCCGGCCUUCCAUCAAGCGGGGCGCCAGCCUGCACAGCAGCAGUGGGGGCGGCAGCAGUGGGGGCAGCAGCCGGCGCACCAAGAGCAGCUCCCUGGAGCCCCAGCGUGGUAGUCCCCACCUGCUGCGCAAAGCCCCUCAGGACAGCAGCCUGGCUGCCAUCCUCCACCAGCACCAGGGCCGCCCCCGCUCCUCUUCUACCACUGACACAGCCCUGCUGCUGGCCGACAGCGGCAACGUGUAUCUGCUGGCUGAGGAGGCUGAGGGCAUUGCAGAUAAGGUGGACAAAGGGGACCUUGUGGCCCUGAGCCUCCCUGGCGGCCCUGGCCAUGGCGACACCGAUGGCCCCAUCAGCCUGGAUGUGCCAGAAGGGGUACCAGACCCCCAGCGGACCAAGGCCGCCAUCGACCACCUGCACCAGAAGAUCCUGAAGAUCACAGAGCAGAUCAAGAUCGAGCAGGAGGCACGGGACGACAAUGUGGCAGAGUACCUGAAGCUAGCCAACAACGCGGACAAGCAGCAGGUGUCACGCAUCAAGCAGGUGUUUGAGAAGAAGAACCAGAAGUCGGCCCAGACCAUCGCCCAGCUGCACAAGAAGCUGGAGCACUACCGUCGGCGCCUGAAGGAGAUUGAGCAGAAUGGGCCCUCGCGGCAGCCCAAGGACGUGCUGCGGGACAUGCAGCAAGGCCUCAAGGACGUGGGUGCCAACAUGCGCGCCGGCAUCAGCGGCUUUGGGGGCGGUGUGGUGGAGGGCGUCAAGGGCAGCCUCUCAGGCCUCUCACAAGCCACCCACACCGCCGUGGUGUCCAAGCCCCGGGAGUUUGCCAGCCUCAUCCGUAACAAGUUUGGCAGCGCCGACAACAUCGCCCACCUGAAGGACCCUCUGGAGGAUGGGCCUCCCGAGGAGGCAGCCCGGGCACUGAGUGGCAGUGCCACACUGGUGUCCAGCCCCAAGUACGGUAGUGAUGACGAGUGCUCCAGUGCCAGCGCCAGCUCAGCUGGGGCGGGCAGCAACUCAGGGGCAGGGCCUGCUGGUGUGCUGGGGAGCCCUAAGUCAAACACGCUGUACGGUGCCUCUGGGAACCUAGACACUCUGCUGGAGGAACUGCGGGAGAUCAAGGAGGGGCAGUCACACCUGGAGGAUUCCAUGGAGGACCUGAAGGCUCAGCUGCAGAGAGACUACACCUACAUGACCCAGUGCCUGCAGGAGGAGCGCUACAGGUACGAGCGGCUGGAAGAGCAGCUCAAUGACCUCACUGAGCUGCACCAGAAUGAGAUGACCAACCUGAAGCAGGAGCUGGCCAGCAUGGAGGAGAAGGUGGCCUACCAGUCCUACGAGAGAGCCCGAGACAUCCAGGAGGCCGUGGAGUCCUGCCUGACCCGGGUCACCAAGCUAGAGCUACAGCAGCAGCAGCAGCAGGUGGUGCAGCUAGAGGGCGUGGAGAACGCCAAUGCACGGGCACUGCUGGGCAAGUUCAUCAAUGUGAUCCUGGCACUCAUGGCCGUGCUGCUGGUGUUUGUGUCCACCAUUGCCAACUUCAUCACGCCCCUCAUGAAGACACGCCUGCGCGUCACCAGCACCGCCCUCCUAGUCCUUGUCCUCUUCCUCCUCUGGAAGCACUGGGACUCCAUCAGCUACCUCCUGGAGCACGUGUUGCUGCCCAGCUGAGUGGCCAGCCUGCCCCUGUCCCGUGUUCUCCUGGCCCUGCUGGCCAUGCUUCUUCUCCACGAGGGACCUGGGACUGCCAAGUCCCUUGGAUUUCUUCAUGUGUCCAGUUUGGCUUUCUGCCCAAACUGUCCAUUCCAGCAGCUCCUGCCCCUUCUCUGUCCCUGCUUCUGUCUGACAUCUUCUCCCUGCUGGCCUGAAGGGAGCCUAGAGUAUAACCCUAGUGGAGAUGGAGAUGACAUGUGUGGCCUGUGCAGCAGAGGAGGACAUGGAGGUUCAAUUGUUUUGAUGAUUUGUACUCACACUAGGACUUCUCCCAGCUGACCUCAGGAUGCUCCCAGUCAGGAAGGCCAUAGAGAGGAGUGAAAGGCAGGGCUGUGCCUCACCUUUCCUGGGGAAGAGCCUACCUUGGCGACGGCCAGAAUGAAGGCAAGAGAGCGAGGGAGCAGGCUCCUCCAUUGGCCCAGUGAGA